GUUCUCUCUCGCUACCUAUAUAAACCAACGAGUUCGCGUCGUAUUCUGGAAAAGAUCAGGGCCUUGUCUGUCCCUGGUACAGCGCCGAUUGCGUAUCAACGAACGAUGGUAUCUCCGCCUUUCUGUCUUUAUACGGUCCUGUCCUUGGGCAUACUUGGAACAUUGGCACUCGAAACCAUCCAUCGUGAAGGGGAUUUGCAUGUUGCGAAUAGAAAGAUUGCACCAGAUGGGUGGAAACGUUCAGCGGUUCUUGCCGGGAAAUCAUUGGCGACGGUUGAUAUUCCUGGUCCGUUGAUCACAGCAAAUCGGGGGGAUCGACUCAAGAUUAACGUGAUCGAUGAGUUAUCCGACACUUCUAUGGUUCGAGCCACGAGUAUACAUUGGCACGGAAUCUUUCAAAAAGGGACUAACUGGGCCGAUGGAGUCGCUUCGGUAACUCAAUGUCCCAUCAUCCCUGGAGAAUCUUUUCUCUAUAAUUUCCUCGUACCGGAGCCGGGGACGUAUUGGUACCAUUCACAUAUCUCUGUGCAGUAUUGCGAUGGGUUGAGAGGGCCUUUGGUCAUUUAUGAUCCCGAGGAUCCGUAUAAAGGCGAGUACGAUGUCGAUGAUGAGUCGACGGUUUUGACGAUUGCUGACUGGUAUCACCGAACUGCCCGCGAUAUACUCGCUACGCAAGCUGCUCCAGCUCCAAAUGCCACUCUUAUCAACGGAAAAGGUCGUUAUCCCGAAAACCCAACAGCACCAUUCUCUGUGAUCAACGUCGAACACGGAAAACGCUACCGCUUUCGCUUGAUUUCCAUGUCUUGCGAUCCUUCCCACACAUUCUCUAUCGACGGACACAACUUUACCAUCAUCGAAACCGACGGACAAUACACCCAACCCCAUACCGUCACCUCCAUCUUCCUCCACGCAGGACAACGGUAUUCAAUCAUUCUUCACGCGAAUCAGAAGAUUGGAAACUACUGGAUUCGAGCGUCUCCCGAUGACGGUCCAGUGGGAUACGAAAAUGGAAUCAACAGUGCAAUUCUUCGGUAUUCCGGAUCUCCUCCCUCAGAACCACAACCUUCUACCCACCCGACACCAACUGGACCGGGUUCAGAGUUAAAAGAGUACGAUCUUGCUCCCUUGUUCAGUCCUCAAGCACCGGGGCGCCCUAGACCUGGUGGUGCGGAUGUUACGCUUGAUAUCACACUUGGAUUUGCGUUACCGGCUUCCUUUUUAAUGAAUGGAGUGCAGUGGAAGACACCGUCUGUUCCUGUGCUUUUGCAGAUGCUUAGCGGACAGAGGCAUCCGAAGAGUUUGGUGCCCAACGGAUUGGUUUAUUUGAUUCCGAAGGGGGCUAUUGUGGAGGUUAAUUUGCACGGAGGGGAUGCCCCUGGUGGGCCGCAUCCGUUUCAUUUGCAUGGGCAUGCGUUUAGCGUUGUAAAGCAUGGUGAUAUCGAUGUUUAUAACUUUCAGAAUCCGGUCCGACGUGAUGUGACGUACGUUAGUACCGGAAACUUGACCACGAUUCGGUUCACAACCAAUAAUACUGGGCCGUGGUUCCUUCACUGCCACAAGGAUUUCCAUCUCGAAGAUGGCCUUGCUGCGGUACUUGCAGAAGACAUCGAGGAUGUCAAAGAGGAAGUUGUUCCCCCGGAUGAAUGGAAGAACCUCUGCCCGACGUAUGAAGAGUUUAGCCAAACGUACCCUGCGGACAGUCCCUAAUCAUUUUUUAUCUUUAUCUUUAUUUUGGGGAUGGGAUUGGAUUUCAAGUUCGACUUUCGUUAUGCAUACAUCUGUCCUUAGUAGGUCGUCAUAUUCUAUCAGUCCCUGGAUUCAAAUACGAUGUGUCGAUUGUUUGGACCGAGUGUGGAUAGGUGCAUGAGUUGACCCAUGGUCAAAGUUGUGGGUCUUUGUAGGCGCAUGUUCGUGAAAAACGUUAGC